GGGCUGGGACUGUGCUCUCUUCCUCUGCAGAAACAGCUCCCUGCCAACACAACGCGCUCAGAAUGGCUUUGAAGAGGAGGAGCAGCAGCGCUUGAACAUCUCUCUUUUUUUUUUUUUUUUCCUUCCUCCUUUUCUUACUCUUGUAGUUGGUGGAUUUUAAAAAGACAUUUAGCCCUCAGAGGUUUGUCCUGGAUGCUUUUGCUUUUUUUCCUUUUCCCCCCCGCCUCUCUCUUGUUUCCCCCCUUCCUGUUCUUUUUUAUGGUUUAACAGCCAGAGGUGCUGUGCUAAAUUCUUGGAAGGGGCCCGGAUGUACUGAGGAUGCAUUGCAAUUUCACUAAAGGAGGCAGUAGUGGAAAGGAUCAGUUUUUGGUGUUUGAUGCAAUAAUGGGAAUCAGGUAAUAAUAAAAGGGGAAAUUCUGCAGCUCCAUUCUUCCUUGAAUUUUACCAAGCCGAUUUUCGGAGGGAUUAAUCUGGACUCGUUUUAAAUGGUCAAUGAAAACAAGAGGAUGUACAUUCCAGAAGAAAACCAUCAAGGUUCCAACUAUGGGAGUCCCCGCCCGGCUCAUGCCAACAUGAACGCCAAUGCAGCUGCAGGGCUUGCCCCAGAGCACAUCCCGACUCCGGGGGCAGCUCUGUCCUGGCAAGCUGCGAUCGAUGCCGCCAGGCAAGCCAAGCUGAUGGGGAGCGCUGGCAAUGCGACGAUAUCCACCGCCAGCUCCACGCAGAGGAAACGGCAGCAGUACGGGAAGCAGAAAAAACAGGGUACCACCACAGCCACGCGUCCUCCCCGCGCACUGCUGUGUUUGACACUCAAAAAUCCCAUCCGGAGGGCCUGUAUCAGCAUCGUCGAAUGGAAACCAUUUGAAAUAAUUAUUUUACUGACUAUUUUUGCCAAUUGUGUGGCCUUAGCUAUCUAUAUCCCCUUUCCAGAAGAUGAUUCCAAUGCCACCAAUUCCAAUCUGGAACGAGUGGAAUAUCUCUUUCUCAUAAUUUUUACAGUGGAAGCAUUUUUAAAAGUAAUAGCAUACGGACUUCUCUUUCACCCCAACGCUUACCUCCGCAAUGGCUGGAAUUUACUAGAUUUUAUAAUUGUGGUAGUAGGGCUUUUUAGUGCAAUUUUAGAACAAGCAACCAAAGCAGAUGGGGGGAAUUCAAUAGGAGGAAAAGGUGCCGGAUUCGAUGUUAAAGCACUGCGGGCUUUCCGAGUAUUACGUCCAUUACGGCUGGUGUCUGGAGUUCCUAGUCUCCAGGUGGUUUUAAAUUCCAUUAUCAAGGCCAUGGUCCCUUUGUUGCAUAUUGCCCUGCUAGUGCUGUUUGUCAUUAUUAUCUAUGCCAUCAUUGGACUGGAGUUAUUCAUGGGAAAGAUGCAUAAGACCUGCUACCACGUGCAAGGGGGACUAAUAGAUACGCCCGCAGAGGACGACCCGUCCCCCUGUGCCCCCCAGUCCGCGCACGGGCGGCAGUGUCAGAACGGCACGGAGUGCAAAGCAGGCUGGGAGGGACCGAAACAUGGCAUCACGAACUUUGACAACUUUGCUUUUGCCAUGCUGACAGUGUUUCAGUGCAUCACCAUGGAGGGCUGGACAGAUGUGCUCUACUGGAUGCAGGACGCUAUGGGCUAUGAGUUACCAUGGGUGUAUUUUGUCAGUCUGGUCAUCUUUGGAUCCUUUUUCGUUCUAAAUCUGGUUCUUGGUGUGUUGAGCGGGGAGUUUUCCAAAGAAAGAGAGAAGGCUAAGGCUCGAGGCGACUUCCAGAAGUUACGGGAAAAACAACAGCUAGAGGAGGAUUUGAAGGGAUACUUGGACUGGAUAACUCAAGCAGAAGAUAUUGAUCCAGAAAAUGAAGAUGAAGGCAUGGAUGAGGAGAAGCCUCGAAACAGAAGCACUCCAGCUGGUUUGCCUGAUGAGAAGAAAGGAAAGUUUGCUUGGUUUAGUCACUCUACAGAAACCCAUGUGAGCAUGCCCACCAGUGAGACCGAGUCCGUGAACACAGACAACGUCCCUGGAGCCGACAUGGAAGGCGAGAACUGCGGCGCGAGGCUGGCGCACCGGAUCUCCAAAUCAAAAUUUAGUCGCUACUGGCGCCGAUGGAAUCGAUUCUGCAGAAGGAAGUGCCGUGCUGCUGUCAAGUCCAAUGUUUUCUAUUGGUUGGUGAUCUUCCUUGUGUUCCUUAACACCCUCACCAUUGCCUCUGAACACUACAACCAGCCAGACUGGCUCACGGAGGUCCAAGACACUGCCAAUAAGGUGCUGCUAGCUCUUUUCACGGCAGAGAUGCUGCUGAAGAUGUACAGCCUUGGUCUCCAGGCCUAUUUUGUGUCCCUCUUCAACCGCUUUGACUGUUUCAUUGUGUGCGGAGGAAUCCUGGAAACGAUCCUGGUUGAGACAAAGAUCAUGUCACCGCUGGGCAUUUCAGUUUUGAGAUGUGUCCGACUCCUAAGAAUAUUUAAAAUCACAAGAUAUUGGAACUCCCUGAGUAACCUCGUGGCUUCCCUCCUGAACUCAGUUCGCUCCAUUGCCUCCUUGUUGCUGCUUCUCUUCCUCUUCAUUAUCAUCUUCUCACUCCUGGGGAUGCAGCUCUUUGGGGGCAAGUUUAACUUUGAUGAGAUGCAGACCAGGAGGAGUACAUUUGACAACUUCCCUCAGUCCCUCCUCACAGUGUUUCAGAUCCUGACUGGGGAGGACUGGAAUUCGGUGAUGUAUGAUGGGAUCAUGGCUUAUGGCGGCCCCUCUUUUCCAGGAAUGUUGGUCUGUAUUUACUUCAUCAUCCUCUUCAUCUGUGGAAACUAUAUCCUGCUGAAUGUAUUUUUGGCCAUUGCUGUGGACAACCUUGCUGAUGCUGAGAGUUUAACAUCUGCACAGAAAGAGGAGGAAGAAGAAAAAGAAAGGAAAAAGCUAGCAAGAACUGCUAGUCCUGAAAAGAAACAGGAGAUGGAAAAAACAGCUGUGGAGGAAGAGACAAAGGAGGAGAAAAUUGAGCUGAAAUCGAUCACUGCUGAUGGAGAAUCCCCACCUGCUACCAAGAUCAAUGUGGAUGACUAUCAGCCCAAUGAAAACGAAGAAAAGAGCCCAUAUCCUACAACAGAAGCACCAGCAGAGGAAGAUGAGGAAGAACCUGAGAUGCCUGUCGGCCCUCGGCCUCGCCCAAUGUCUGAGCUGCACCUCAAGGAAAAGGCUGUGCCCAUGCCUGAUGCCAGUGCUUUUUUCAUCUUCAGUCCUAACAACAGGUUUCGUGUCCACUGCCAUCGAAUCGUUAACGAUAACAUUUUCACCAACCUGAUCCUAUUUUUCAUCUUGCUCAGCAGCAUCUCCCUGGCAGCUGAGGACCCCGUCCGACACCUCUCCUUUAGGAACCAAAUCCUAGGCAAUGCAGACUAUGUCUUCACUAGUAUCUUUACAUUAGAAAUUAUUCUUAAGAUGACUGCGUACGGGGCUUUCCUCCAUAAGGGCUCCUUCUGCAGAAACUAUUUCAACAUCCUAGACCUGCUGGUGGUCAGUGUUUCCCUCAUCUCCUUUGGGAUCCAGUCCAGUGCCAUUAAUGUGGUGAAGAUCCUGCGUGUUCUGCGAGUCCUUAGGCCACUGAGGGCCAUCAACAGAGCCAAAGGACUUAAGCACGUGGUCCAGUGUGUGUUUGUCGCCAUCCGAACCAUCGGAAACAUCGUGAUUGUCACCACUUUGCUGCAGUUCAUGUUUGCCUGCAUUGGAGUUCAGUUGUUUAAGGGCAAGCUGUACAGCUGCACUGAUAGCUCCAAGCAGACAGAAGCAGAAUGCAGAGGGUACUACAUCACCUACAAGGAUGGGGAGGUCAGCCAGCCCAUGAUACAGCCCCGGAGCUGGGAGAACAGCAAAUUUGACUUCGACAACGUCUUGACUGCCAUGAUGGCCCUCUUCACUGUCUCAACCUUUGAGGGCUGGCCAGAGUUGCUGUAUAGGUCCAUUGAUUCCCACAUGGAAGAUGUGGGACCCAUCUAUAAUCACAGGGUUGAGAUCUCCAUCUUCUUUAUUAUCUACAUCAUCAUCAUUGCUUUCUUCAUGAUGAACAUCUUCGUUGGUUUCGUCAUCGUCACAUUUCAGGAACAAGGAGAACAAGAGUACAAGAACUGUGAGCUGGACAAAAACCAGCGCCAGUGUGUAGAAUAUGCCCUGAAAGCCCGGCCCCUGCGGAGAUACAUCCCUAAAAACCAGUACCAGUACAAAGUCUGGUAUGUGGUCAACUCCACCUAUUUUGAAUACCUGAUGUUCGUUCUGAUCCUGCUGAACACCAUCUGCCUGGCCAUGCAACACUAUGGUCAGAGCUGCAUGUUCAAGGAAGCCAUGAACAUCCUCAACAUGCUCUUCACUGGCCUCUUCACCGUUGAGAUGGUCCUGAAGUUAAUCGCCUUCAAACCCAAGCACUAUUUCUGUGAUGCAUGGAAUACAUUUGACGCCUUGAUUGUUGUGGGUAGCAUUGUUGAUAUAGCAAUCACCGAGGUGAACCCAGCUGAACAUACCCAAUGCUCUUCCUCUAUGAACGCAGAGGAAAACUCUCGCAUCUCAAUCACCUUCUUCCGACUCUUCCGCGUGAUGCGUCUCGUGAAGCUCCUGAGCCGAGGGGAGGGCAUCCGGACUCUGCUUUGGACCUUCAUCAAAUCCUUCCAGGCUCUCCCCUACGUGGCUCUUUUAAUAGUGAUGUUGUUCUUCAUCUACGCUGUGAUUGGGAUGCAGGUGUUUGGUAAAAUUGCGCUGAACGAUACCACAGAAAUCAACCGCAACAACAACUUCCAGACCUUCCCCCAGGCAGUGCUGCUGCUUUUCAGGUGUGCAACUGGUGAGGCCUGGCAGGAAAUCAUGCUGGCAUGUCUCCCGGACAAGAAGUGCGACCCGGAGUCGGAGCCGGCCAACUCCACCGAAGCCGAUCACUCCUGUGGCAGCAGCUUCGCCGUCUUCUAUUUCAUCAGCUUCUACAUGCUCUGUGCCUUCCUGAUCAUCAAUCUUUUUGUAGCUGUCAUAAUGGAUAACUUCGAUUACCUGACACGAGACUGGUCCAUUUUAGGACCACACCACCUGGAUGAGUUUAAAAGGAUCUGGGCAGAGUAUGACCCUGAAGCUAAGGGACGGAUCAAACACCUGGACGUGGUGACGCUGCUCCGGCGGAUUCAGCCCCCACUGGGCUUUGGGAAGCUCUGCCCUCACCGGGUCGCUUGCAAACGCCUUGUCUCCAUGAACAUGCCACUGAACAGUGAUGGGACUGUCAUGUUCAAUGCCACUCUCUUUGCUUUGGUCAGAACAGCACUGAGGAUCAAGACAGAAGGUAACCUGGAGCAAGCCAACGAAGAGCUGAGAGCAAUAAUUAAGAAAAUCUGGAAGCGCACCAGCAUGAAGCUGCUGGACCAGGUGGUGCCUCCCGCAGGUGACGACGAGGUGACUGUCGGGAAGUUCUACGCCACUUUCCUGAUUCAGGAGUAUUUCCGGAAGUUCAAGAAACGUAAAGAGCAGGGGCUGGUGGGAAAGCCCUCCCAGCGCAACGCACUCUCCUUACAGUUUGCUGUUUUGCAGGCUGGUCUGCGCACACUCCACGACAUCGGGCCAGAGAUCCGGCGAGCAAUUUCUGGAGACCUGACUGCUGAAGAAGAGUUAGAUAAGGCCAUGAAAGAAGCUGUCUCUGCUGCCUCUGAAGAUGAUAUCUUCCGGAGAGCUGGAGGCUUGUUUGGAAACCAUGUCAGCUAUUACCAAAGUGAUGGCAGGAGCGCAUUUCCCCAGACAUUUACCACUCAGCGACCUCUACACAUCAAUAAGUCUGGCAACAACCACGGAGAUACCGAGUCUCCAUCUCACGAGAAGCUGGUGGACUCCACCUUCACUCCCAGCAGCUACUCAUCUUCAGGCUCCAAUGCCAACAUCAACAAUGCGAACAACACUGCCCUGUGCCGCUUCCCCAGCCCACCCACCUACCCCAGCACUGUCAGCACAGUGGAAGGCCAUGGGACCCCCUUAUCACCCACGAUAUGUGUGCAGGAGGCUCCUUGGAAACUACCAUCCAAAAGGACACAUUACUACGAAACACUGGGACGCUCCAGUUCCAGAGACAGCCAGCUGGCAAUUGUUUGCCAAGAGGAAGUGUCUCAGGAUGAGACUUAUGAUGAAAAUUUGAAUGAAGACAUUGAGUACUGUAGUGAACCAAGUCUGCUCUCUACCGAAAUGCUUGACUACCAAGAUGAUGAAAACAGACAACUCACUCCACCAGAAAACAGCAAAGGAGAGGACACCCGGCACUCUCCGAAGAAAGGGUUUCUGUGCUCCUCAGCACUAGGUCGAAGGGCAUCUUUUCACUUAGAGUGUUUGAAAAGACAGAAGAACCAGGGCGUGGACGUCUCGCAGAAGACGGUUCUGCCUUUGCAUCUGGUACAUCAUCAGGCAUUAGCGGUGGCCGGCCUGAGUCCCCUGCUCCAGCGAAGCCAUUCCCCCACCACGUUCUCCCGUCUGUGUGCUACGCCCCCUGCCACCCCCUGCAACCGUGGCUGGCCGCAGCAGACCAUCCCGACCCUGCGCCUCGAUGGGGCGGAGUCCACUGAGAAGCUCAACAGCAGCUUCCCGUCGGUGCACUGCGGCUCCCGCUUCCCCGACAGCACCGGCUGCAGCAGCCCCAGGAGAGCCAGGCCGGUGUCCCUCACUGUCCCCAGCCCGACCGCCGGGAGCAGCAGGCAGUUCCACGGCAGCGCCAGCAGCCUGGUGGAAGCGGUCUUGAUCUCGGAAGGACUGAUGCAGUUUGCUCAAGAUCCAAAGUUCAUUGAGGUCACAACCCAGGAGCUCGCAGACGCCUGCGACAUGACGAUAGAAGAGAUGGAAAAUGCAGCAGACAACAUUCUCAAUGGUAACAGCAAGCAGAGCCCCAAUGGCAACCUCUUGCCUUUUGCUAACUGCAGGGACCCAGGGCAGGACAGUGCAGGAGAGGAAGAGGAAGAGGUGCAGAACCCGGAUUGUAGAAUAAGUCAGGAGGAGCUCAAGGACAGCAGGAUUUAUAUCAGCAGCCUGUAGUUGCCAGGGCUGGAAGCGAUGCUGGUUUUUUAUUUGUUUCAAUGUUCCUAAUGGGUUUGUUUCAGAAGUGCCUCACUGUUCUCGUGACCUGGAGUAACCGGAACAGCGUUCUUCAUUCAUUUCUGUUGGGACGAGUCGCAGAGUUGGGUGGUGUAAGAAAGCUUUUCAGGAGAGGAUAUAACCCCAGCACGUGUCCAUGAAGGAAGAGUGAGGAGGAGGAAGAAGAGAAGGAGAGCCAGCUCCCUCUUUUUUUCAAUCCCUGCACAAGGAACGACAACUGCCUCCGGAGCACGAAGGGGAACCUCAGCUUCCUGUGGAUGGCCCUAGCCAAAAGGACCCUGCGCCAAACGGGUGUCUUUCGACUUUGCUUGUAAAAAUCAUUUUGCACAUAUUCUGUAUGAGCCUCACCGUCUCCAUAAAGCCAAGGCCCUUUGAUUCGGAAGGAGAGGAAGACUUCUGCUGUGGAUUCCCACGCCACGAGGGGGAGGAGGAAGCAGGAGAAGCGCAGGGGUGCCCGAGGGGCAAGCAGCAGAGCUGCCCAGCCCUGCCGAGACUCCCAGGCAGCGGUCCCUGCCAACCAAUCCGAGUGCAGGCAGCCACUCCUGCCGACCAAUCAGAGCUCGGGCAGUCACCUGCCAGCCAAUCCGAGCUCAGGCAGCCUCCUGCCAGCCAAUCAGAGCUCAGACAGCCAGCCAUGCCAGCCAAUGGGAGCACUGGCUCUGCGGUGGGGCAGAGCCAACCCGCCUCGCCCAUGCUGAGGUGGUGGUGGGCUCGUGUAGAUCUCUUCUUGUUUUGCAGUUUGAUAUUUCCUUGAAAGCAUGUUGCAGUUUUUAUUUUGACUUUUUUCUUUUUCUUUUUUCUUUUUUUUUUUUUUUUUUUGAGGGAGAAGGGAGUGUUUACAGCGUUUUGUAAUCACCUACCUUUUUUGGUUUGGUUUAUUUUCACCUUUGCAAAUGUUAAAUUGGUUUGAUCAUGUUGUAUUAUUUAAACUGGGGGGGGUGGUUUCUCCAUUGAAAUUUGGUAGAAGUAUAAUGAUAAUAGACGAGUUUUACCAACCAUUAUGUACACCAAGAAUUUGUAAUUUUAUUUACUAGUAACUGAAACCUUUUUUUGUUGUUGUUUUAUAAUUUAAAGAUAGUAGGCAAUGCACUUGAUAUAGUCUUGCACAUUUGAGUGAUUGAUUUGGGUUCUUUUUAGUGCUAAGUAUAUCUGUGAGUGUGGGAGCAAUACGGGGCGAGUGUGCGUGCGCGCGCGUGUGUGUGUGUAAGUGCAUGCAGCUCUCCACAUCCUGGUCUGAGCUGCAGGAGAUCUGUAUCUGGGGCCAUUUGAAUGCAAAAACGAACCACUGUCUCUGCUUUGGAAAAGGGAAUCAGUAACUUUGCAUUUUCUGUUCCACAAGAUAUGCAAAAACAAUGCAAUAAUAUUAAUUUUGAAAAUAAAAUUGUAAGUUGUGUUGGCAUUAAAACUGUAUAGAAAAAAAAUAAAUUGUGGGGGUGGGGGGAAACUAAAAAGAAAAAAAAACCCAGAAGGCGUUACGCUUCGAUAUAUUCCGUGUGAUGUUUUAUUGCAUUGAUAAUGUUUCUGUUGAAGAAACCGUUAUACUUGAAUUCAGGUCAGUUUCAGUAUUUUUCAAAUAUUUUUUUAAAAUGAAUUGCAAUUGUGCCAAGCAAAGAUAAUGAAUCGAAUUAAGUUUGUUUAAAAAAAAAAAGAAAAAAAAAGAAUCACUUCUUGUAUAUUUUGCUGCAUGUCAAGUGAAUCAUUUCGUAUUUGGAAUGUGCCAAGCUUUACCUUUGAACUUUUAAGUGCUUUUCUACGUGUGGUUGGGGAAAGGGGUACUGUUUUGAUUUUUUUUCCUUUUUUAAUUUGUACAAUGAACAAAGUGUACCUGGUGUAAGUAACUAUUCUGCAAUCCACUGACAGGUUGAACGUUACUGAUUUUGCAUAUCUUGUGUUCAUUUUCCUUCUUCCUCACUCCCUUUUAACAUGCACGGUGACUUUAUUGGUAAAGAAUCUUUCUUCCCUAGACUGGGACAUUUUAUUCAGGCUUCAUUUUCUUUUGGUUUUGCACAGUUUCUCUAAAGGUCUUGUCCCACUCAAGAGUGGCAAGACCCCCAAGCUCAUUUGGCAGAUCCAUCCUACAUAUUCAGCUGGCACCAGCAAUUCAAGGAGUGAGGGAAAAAAAUCUGCUUUCAAAAUUAUUUAAUUAGAUAGCUGACCCUGCUCAAUUAUAGCAGGGUGCUGGGAUAAGAAAUGCAAGAAUCAGAAUAAUUAGCAAAGUGCAGUUAUCUAACUCUGGCCUGGACUGAAAGCAGAGGGUAAGUGAGGGAGGGAGCUCUGGAUCUUUAUUAGGAGAAUUGCUGCAGUUUGGUCAAGAUGCAGAUGCUGAGUGACUUUUGGGUGUUCCUAUGCAUAGCAUAGUCUCAGUCCUUUUCCCAGACUUUAGUGGAUGGGUCAGAUUCUAAGCCACAAAACAUCUGACAGCACAGCUUGUCCCAGCCAGAUUUUCUGACUAGUGCGUAUGAAACUGUCUUUUCUCACACUGAUACUCAUCCCUAACCCAUGAGAGAGGCUGAAAAAAACAGGCAUGUAUUGCUAGAUUUUAUGCAACUGAUUUUUGUCCAGACUACUGCUGUUUUUCCUCCCUUCUUAAGAUGGUUCACAAGUUUGCAGAUCAGUGCUGAGUUGGGUGGUGUGAUCUGACUCAGAUCUAAACUUCCAUUCAAAUCCUGAGCUUCUGCAGAUGUCCCAGAACACCAUGUAUUGCAUACUUUGAUUACAUUGUUUUUGUAAUGCUCUUGUUUUUCUUCUUGAUUCUCUGGGGCAUAAAGGAGAAAUAGCAAAGGGUGGUUUUGACAGUACAUUUUUUGAACCAGCCAGUAUCAGCUCAAGAUACCUUCAGAAAAACCCCAAGUACGUUUAAACUAGAGAAAUACAAAUCCAUUUGUACAACCAUCUGUCAUCAAAGUCAUAAUUCAAGACUUCUUUGGAGAAAGUAUCGAGCUGAUGUCAGUCAGUCAGUCUCACCCUUUCCAUCCCUUGUGCCUGUAUCAAGAUGGGCACACAAGUGUGUCUCCCUUUGAGUUUGCUGCUGCUAGGGCUGAUAUGCUCCAAAGGUACUUGAAAGGAAAGAAUGCUGUGCCUGGCAAUGUAAGGGCUCCCUGUCUCAUUUUCUUCCACUAGAAAGUCCAUCUGACUUUCCCAGGGGGAAACAGAAGGUCUUCUCCACUCCUGACAAACAGAACACUUAUCUAAAUUAGCGGUGACAAAGGGCGUUUUGGAUGUUUGGCAGUCCGUGUCAUCCCUGAGGACUUCUCUUGAUGGGAAGGGAAAUGACAGAAAUGAUUAUGCCCCACACAUACCUGGUGAAAGCCGUGACUCCCUCGGGGGUCAGAGCCUACAAUGUCCAGGGGAAACUCUGCUCUGUCCUAGGUCCUGCAGAGUGGAAAAUGUAUGGCUAGCAGAGAAUGCACAUGACUUUUGCAGUUUCAGGGGCAGGUACUCAAUUUAGCAAUUGCUGGUGCCAGCUGUACAAAUUUCUCUUUCUGGGGAGGGCGGCAUUUUUAUUUAUUUGUUUUGCAUUUGAGGUACUUCCAAUGUGCACAUUGUGACAGGUCUGAGCAAAGAGCUACUGCCUGCUUCAAGUGAGGCAGAGUCUGGGGGACAGUGGGAAGGAGGGGGCAGGUUUAGUUCCUGGAGUGUUCUCUGUGUAUGGGAGUGGAUGGUGGGUAUGUACAAUCACUGUGCUGUGGAUGGAAGCUUUGAGGGAACUGAUGGCUGAGGAGUGGCAUGGAAGGAAAGGAAAGAACGGGGAAAAGAAAACAAUCUGCUGUUUGCCUGAGCCUCUCUGACUUGCAAGAGUACACUGCAGACUAAAGACAUUUCUUCUAAAACAACAAACCUCCUCCCUGUAUCACUCCUGCUCAUUAGUCCAGACAGUACUGGGCCAGCCACACCGGGUGCAUUUCUUUUUUUUCUUCCUUAUUUCUGUGUGGCUGACUUGAUGGGAAAGAAAGCGGAACUCAUGAUCCAGAGCUGGAGUUUCGAUAUCCACAAACCUUUUGUGCAUCAUCUGCCUCUUCAGCUGGACAUGUGGACGAUGAUGGUGUAGAUGCUGCUGCUACUGCAGGGGUCCCGCCUGGUUUAUUACCCUGCCCACCACACCCCAGCACAGAGGGACAGCCAGAGAGGCGCCAUGUACAGAAUCGCAUCUCUUUCUGCUUUGUUUUCUGACUCAGAACCCUGCCCCAAUGACUACGACAACAACAACAACAAAGAAAGGGCAAAUGCAUUUUUUACAUUUCUUGAUAAUUUCCAAAGCAAUGUAUCAUUGCUUUCUUUAGACUGACGCCAAUAUAACAGUUGUAUGGGUCUCAGCCAGGCUCCUGUGUCUUUUCUGCCCGAUAGUUUCAGAUUGCUGUAUGGAAUGUAUGCGCGUUUGCACACAGACAUGACCAUACGGGGUGGCGGCACCACAGGCCCGUGGGGUUGCUCACCUGUGUCACAGAUGAAGUUGGAAGCCUUGCUUCGUGCGUGUAGAUGAGAAACCCCGAAUCACUGGUCCAGUGAGCUGAAGUGAAGCAGCCCUGCUGGGACAGAACUGAGUUUCCUAAGAUAUAUGCAUGGUCCUGUUGUGACUGUCCCCAUGGCAGGGGCAGGGUGGGGGAGAGGAACACUGAAUGGGGAAUUUGGACACAACAAAGUUGAUAUAAAAGAAGUAGAAUCCAGUUGGGGUUUCUGGUAGUGGUGAGAUUUUAUCAGUUCUCAUAAUGAAAACUGUAGUGCAUAUAAAGAAAACAUUCCAGGCCAUCAGAAGCCCCAGUUCCCAUCUUGCUAACAUGAGGCUGGAGAGCACUAGAGGCCACAGAGGUUGUAUUGAUGCAAAGAAUGUGGAAAACAGAACUGGGCCCUGAAAAAUUUAAUUAUAUUUUCCCCUCAUUUUUUUUCUUCUUCAAAGAAGUCUAAGAAAUAUAAUUCUCAGUAGCUGCACAGGGUUUCUUUUUUUCUUCUUCUAAAUGCUGCAAAGUUUUUAAAGUUUUAUUUUGGGUGAGCAAGCCCAGGGAUCCAGAAGGUUUCCAGAGAGAUCUCAGUCUGUGGAGCUUUUAUCCCUCUUCCCGCUUUGUUUCUGGACAGCCGAAACCACUACGGCCUUGCUGCUAGAGCACCCUGAGGUGGGGUGGGUGAGGGCAGAAGCACAACAAGAGACAUGCCCUGGACUGAAAACAGAUUGGGCUCCAAUUGCUCUCAGAGAAGUCAGUAGCAUCACACUGGAAUGGAAA